AUGAAGAAGGAGGCCUUCGCCCACCUGGUCGACGACUCCCUGUACGCCUUGCGGGCUCAGCUGUUGGGGGCGUUUCCCGACGACAGUGCCCACGCCACCUUCGAAGAGGCCCACGGGGCCCAGGCCGCGCACGGGGCCCAUGCCCUUCCCAAGGGCUUCGGUGUCCCGAAGCCGAGUGGCAAGCGACCGAGCGCCGGUCAAGUCUCGACAGGCGCGGCCAUAGAAAGCAAGCCCAAGGAGCAGGGCGACACGCGCUCCUUUAAUGAUUCCAGUGGCAGCGGUACUGCCAGCCAGCAUCUGGAGCAUGCCAAGACAGUGGACAGCGAGUGGUCCCAGAUUGGGGGGAUCGGGGUCUCCAGGAAAGAAUCUCACCCGCUGAAGGAUUCGCUGGAGCAUCUUGGUGACGAGGAGGCGCGAGCAAUCCGCCACAGGUUACGGCUGCGGCUGGGAGCCCUAACGUCCAAGAAACUCGUGACGGGAAAAUCCCUACAUGAUGCUUGUAGCUCGCUGGGCCUUACGCGGUACACCAUCGAGGACAUGAACGAGCUUGUGAACCUCUUGGCAGAUUUCAUCGACCUCACCUUCGAGGCAUCGGAAACGAAGAUGCCGACGGGUCGGCGAGUCAGCGAGUCCUCGACCAGCAUGUUCGGCUUCAGACUGAGUGACGUGAACAGCCUCGGCAAGCCAGUCUGGCAAUGGCCCCACAUGGGCGCUUCGGGGCGUGAGUCUUUUCAUCGCAGUGCAUCCCUCAAUGCCUACGUUGACAUGGCACCGCGCUGCCACCUAAACGUGGUGCCGGCGCAGCCUCUGAUGGACCUCUUCCUUGCACAGGAGGGAGAUGUCCACCGGAAGUGCUUCGGACCUCGCAUCUUGAAGCAGUUCCAGGCCAUGAAAGAGAUCCUUCUGGCGGGAGACACAAACCGGCUUGUUGCAGAGCUGACAUUUGUUCGGAUUAACGAUCUGGCGGCUCCACCGGAGCCGAUGAACCUCCUCUUGUGCUUAGAGCCACUGGUGGCAGUCGUCAUCAUCGCGAAUGGCGUGAUGAUUGGUUUCCAAACGCACCCUUAUUGGGAAUCAUGGCCGUACUGGAUCAUUGUGGAAUCAGCCUUCGCGAUCUUUUUGGUGAUGGAGAUUGCUUUGCGCAUGUAUCUUCAAGGUCGCCGAAGCUUCUUCAGAGGGGCUGAGCUGCAGUGGAACCUUUUUGACGUCUUCCUGGGCCUCACGGGGGUCACUGACGUGAUCAUCCAGCUGGCCUCGGACAACAACAACGAGUCUUUCUUUGGCACGUCGUUGCUCCGUUUCUGCAGAUUGAUCCGUCUGGUGCGAAUCGUCAAGGUUUUCCGCUUGAAGGCCAUGAAGGAUUUGCGGCUGAUGGUCAAGGGGCUGAUUGCUGGGGUGAAAACUUUGGUGAUGGCAUUUACACUGCUUUUCACGGUCCUGUAUGUCAUCAGCGGCUUCGCCACGAUGACUCUCGGUCAGAGCAUCGGUUUGGACGAUCAGCCACAGAUCGUGAAAGACCUAUUGCCCUUCUUCAAGACGAUCCCAGCCUCCAUGUUCACGGCCUUUCGCUGCUUCACUGGAGAGUGCACAGACCACGACGGACGAACGAUCCACUCCAUCCUCGCCGAAGAGUUUGGGCCUGUCUUCAUCUUCUCCUACGUUGCGAGCUAUAUGCUGGUGUCGCUGGGGAUUUUCAAUGUGAUUCUGGCGGUAUAUGUCGACAUCACGAUGAAGGCUGCCAAGGAGAACGAUGCCGUCACUUUGGAGCAGCACUCGAAAGAGUCCAUCAGGAUUGCCCGCAUCACGCGGGAACUGUUGAAGAAGUUUGCUGGAGCCUAUCGGAUGUUCCAGGAAAUGGAAGACGGGAGUGGUGAGAAGUAUCUGGACAUCUCCAACAGGAAGAGCGAUAUGGUCUUCACGGACGGCGACGUCCACGAAGGCAUCGCUAUUACGAAGGAGUUGUUCCUCAUCGUGAUUCAGGACCGUCGUGUCCAGGAUCUCAUGGAUGAGUUGGAACUUCCACCCGACCGGGCCAACCUGUUCGAGAUUAUCGAUGCAGACGGCAGCGGCACUUUGCAUGUGGCGGAGCUUGUCCACGGCCUCUUGAAAAUCCGCGGCGAGAUCAACAAGAGCGACGUCGUGGCUGGCCUCCUGGCGAGCAAGGCUUGCUACGACAAGGUUGCGGAGCUGAAGGAGGAGCAGGAAGAGAGCCUCUCUGCGGUCCGCAGCCAACUGGCGGUGCUGCAUUCGGAGCUGCUGAUGCGCCGCCGAAACAGCGGCUCCACGUGCCUGUCGGCUCCCGAAGCGGACUUGAUGAUGCAGGCGAUGCAGGUCCAGGAAGAAGAGGAGCGGGAUCAGCCGCCGCCGCUCCCGGAUCCUCCCUUCUCGAAGCCGCUGAUGUCACCGGCGCCCUCCGGCGUUCCUCUGAAGCCUCAGCUGAUCAACGACGACGGCGAAGAUCCGCCAGCUCCAGGCGUUUGA